UUGUUUUAGUCCUAGGUUUGCAGUUUGAAUCUUUUGAAAGGCCACACCAUAGGAGUGGGAACAAACAGAAGUAGGCCAGACUUUACAGUAUCUGAAACUCAGUCUCAAGCCAGCUCUGUUCCUGAUUGGACUGAGGAUUUUUCAAGUCACAUUCAGUUGAUAGGAUGAAAAAAUUUAAGAGAAGGCUAUCCCUCACGCUUCGAGGAAGCCAGACUAUUGAUGAAUCGUUGUCUGAAUUGGCUGAACAAAUGACUAUUGAAGAAAACAGCAGCAAAGAUAAUGAGCCUAUCGUGAAGAAUGGCAGACCUCCAACCUCUCACAGUAUGCAUUCCUUCCUCCACCAGUACACAGGGUCCUUCAAGAAGCCUCCAUUGCGGAGACCACAUAGCGUUAUUGGAGGAAGCCUUGGCUCCUUCAUGGCAAUGCCCAGAAAUGGAAGCAGAUUAGAUAUUGUUCAUGAAAAUCUAAAAAUGGGAUCAGAUGGUGAGAGUGACCAAGCUUCUGGGACAUCAUCUGAUGAAGUCCAGUCACCUACGGGUGUUUGUCUUAGAAAUCGUAUACAUAGACGGAUCUCAAUGGAGGAUUUAAAUAAGCGGUUAUCGCUGCCUGCAGAUAUCAGAAUACCUGAUGGAUAUCUUGAAAAGUUGCAGAUAAACAGUCCACCAUUUGAUCAACCAAUGAGCCGAAGGUCUCGGAGAGCUUCUUUAUCAGAAAUUGGGUUUGGAAAAAUGGAAACCUACAUCAAAUUGGAAAAGCUUGGAGAGGGUACAUAUGCAACAGUAUAUAAAGGAAGAAGUAAAUUGACAGAGAAUUUGGUGGCAUUGAAAGAGAUCCGGUUGGAACAUGAAGAAGGUGCACCCUGCACAGCAAUAAGAGAAGUUUCACUAUUAAAGGAUCUAAAACAUGCAAAUAUAGUAACGCUACAUGACAUUGUUCACACAGAUAAAUCUUUGACUCUGGUCUUUGAGUAUCUGGAUAAAGAUCUAAAACAGUACAUGGAUGACUGUGGAAACAUCAUGAGUAUGCACAAUGUUAAGCUGUUUUUAUACCAAAUUCUACGUGGUUUGGCAUAUUGCCACAGAAGAAAGGUGUUACACCGAGACUUAAAACCACAGAACCUCCUCAUUAAUGAAAAAGGAGAAUUAAAGCUAGCAGAUUUUGGACUAGCCAGAGCCAAGUCAGUUCCCACAAAGACCUACUCAAAUGAAGUUGUCACACUGUGGUACCGGCCGCCUGAUGUGCUUCUCGGUUCCUCAGAGUACUCAACACAGAUUGACAUGUGGGGUGUUGGUUGCAUUUUCUUUGAAAUGGCUUCUGGAAGACCUCUGUUUCCAGGAUCAACUGUGGAAGAUGAACUGCACUUAAUUUUCCGACUGCUAGGAACUCCAUCUCAGGAAACUUGGCCAGGUGUUUCUUCAAAUGAUGAGUUCAAGAACUACAACUUUCCAAAAUAUAAACCACAGCCUCUAAUUAACCAUGCACCCAGGUUAGACUCUGAAGGAAUCGAGUUGAUAACAAAAUUUCUUCAGUAUGAAUCUAAGAAAAGGGUUUCAGCAGAAGAGGCCAUGAAACAUGUGUACUUUCGAAGUCUGGGACCAAGGAUACAUGCUUUACCUGAAAGUGUAUCAAUAUUCAGUUUGAAAGAGAUUCAAUUGCAAAAGGACCCGGGUUUUCGAAAUUCUUCUUAUCCAGAGACAGGUCUGAAGUGGGUCUCCUGUGGACAGCAUACAUAUGGGUCUUGUUUUUGUAUCCAUUCAGCCAGCCUCUGCCUUUUGGUUGGAGCAUUUAAUCCAUUCACAUUUAAGGUAAUUAUCAAUAUGUAUGUUCCUAUUACCAUUUUCUUAAUUGUUUUGUUUUUGUUUUUGUAGGUCCUUCUCUUGUGUUUCCCACUUCUUAGAGAAGUUCCUUUAGCAUUUGUUGUAGAGCUGGUUUGGUGGUGCUGAAUUCUCUUAGCUUUUGCUUGUCUGUAAAGCUUUUGAUUUCUCCAUUGAAUCUGAAUGAGAUCCUUGCCGGGUAGAGUAAUCUUGGUUGUAGGUUCUUCCCUUUCAUCACUUUAAAUAUAUGAUGCCACUCCCUUCUGGCUUGUAGAGUUUCUGCUGAGAAAUCAGCCGUUAACAUUAUGGGAGUUCCCUUGUAUGUUAUUUGUCAGUUUUCCCUUGUUGCUUUUAAUAAUUUUUCUUUGUCUUUAAUUUUUGUCAGUUUGAUUACUGUGUGUCUCGGCGUGUUUCUCCUUGGGUUUAUCCUGCCUGGGACUCUCUGUGCUGCCUGGACCUGGGUGGCUAUUUCCUUCCCCAUGUUAGGGAAGUUUUCAACUAUAAUCUCUUCAAAUAUUUUCUCGGGUCCUUUCUCUCUCUCUUCUCCUUCUGGGACCCCUAUAAUGUGAAUGUUGGUGCAUUUAAUGUUGUCCCAGAGGUCUCUUAGGCUGUCUUCAUUUCCUUUCAUUCUUAUUUCUGUAGUCUGUUGCAUGGCAGUGAAUUCCACCAUUCUGUCUUCCAGGUCACUUAUCCAUUCUUCUGCCUUAGUUAUUCUGCCAUUGAUUCCUUCUAGCGUAUUUUUCAUUUCAGCUAUUGUGUUGUUCAUCUCUGUUCUUUACUUCUUCUAGGUGUUUGUUCUUUAAUUCUUCUAAGUCAUUGUUAGAUUUCUUGCAUCUUCUUGAUCUUUGCCUUCAUUGUUUUCCCAAGGUCCUGGAUCAUCUUCACUAUCAUUAUUCUGAAUUCUUUUUCUGGAAGGCUGCCUAUCUCCACUUCAUUUAGUUGUUUUUCUGGGGUUUUAUCUUGUUCCUUCAUCUGGUACACAGCCCUCUGCCUUUUCAUCUUGUCUUUCUGUGAAUGUGGUUUUUGUUCCACAGGCUGCAGGAUUGUAGUUCUUCUUGCUUCUGCUGUCUGCUCUCUGGUGGAUGAGCUAUCUAAGAGGCUUUUGCAAGCUUCCUGAUGGGAGGGACUGAUGGUGGGUAACUGGUGGUGGGUAGAGCUGGCUGUUGCUCUGGUGGGCAGAGCUCAGUAAAACUUUAAUCCACUUGUUUGCUGAUGGAUGGGGAUGAGUUCCCUCCCUGUUGGUUGUUUGGCCUGAGGUGACCCAGCACUGGAGCCUACUGGGCUCUUUGGUGGGCCUAAUAGCGGACUCCAGUAGGAUUUAUGCCAAGCAGUACUUCCAGAACUUCUGCUGCCAGUGUCCUUGUCGCCACGGUGAGCCUCAGCCACCCCCCGCCUCUGCAGAAGACCCUCCAACAGUAGCAGGUAGGUCUGGUUCAGUCUCCUAUGGGGUCACUGCUCCUUCCCCUAGGUCCCAGUGCGCACACUACCUUGUGUGUGCCCUCCAAGAGUGGAGUCUCUGUUUCCCCUAGUCCCGUUGAAGUCCUGCAAUCAAAUUCUGCUAGCCUUCAAAGUCUGAUUCUGUGGGAAUUCCUCUUCCUGUUGCCAGACCCCCAGGUUGGGAAGCCUGACGUGGGGCUCAGAAACUUCACUCCAGUGGGUGGACUUCUGUGGUAUAAUUGUUCUCCAGUUUGUGAGUCACCCACCCAGCGGUUAUGGGGCUUGAUUUUAUUGAUUGCACCCCUCCUACCAUCUCACUGCCGCUUCUCGUUUGUCUUUGGGUGUGGGGUAUCUUUUUUGGUGAGUUCCAGUGUCUUCCUGUCGAUGAUUGUUCAGCAGUUAGUUGUGAUUCUGGUGCUCUCACAAGAGGGAGUGAGCGCAUGUCCUUCUACUCUGCCAUCUUGAACCAAUCUCUGGGAUCAUUUUCUCUUAAUGGAUCUCCUUAAGAUGAUGAAGUCUCACUGUGUCAAUGGCAAUUAAUUUACAAUUGUGCUGGCCAUUCAUUUAAUAAUCUUUACUGUAAUUUUAUAGGAUAGCACUUUUAAGUAUCAUUGUCAGAUUUUUCAUUUCAUUCAUGAUAUAUUUGUUGCAAAUUUGACAUAGUUAUCCAUUUGUUUGAUUCUUGCAUAUAAAAGGUGAAGAACUGUAUCCAGCAGUUACAUAAAAUUGUUCUUCCUAGGAAAAGCUGGGGAUGUUUCUUCAUUUUACUAAGAAAUUUGAUCUUUUUUUGAUACUUGAGCACCAUUCAGAUUCUGAAAACUUUGCAGUGAAGACAAUUGAAACUCAGAAAUAUUGAACCUUGAACACGUGAUUCAUCUUAAACUGACAAGGUUCUUAAAGGUAAGAGAGGAUGCCUUUUUGUUUUCCUUCCAAGUGAUGUUGUUAACACACUGAAUAUGUUACUCUAUAUAUAGAAGUGGCUGCAUUCUAUUUGGUGCUUUAUCAGCUUACAUUUGAAAGAGUACUUGUUAACAUGUUAUAACGAUCUUUUUGACCCAAGACAGUUCAUGUGGUUGUUUUUUGUGUGUGUUUUUGUUUUUACUAUUUUUUAAAAUUGUGGUAAAAUACAUAUAACAUAAAAGUUGCCAUUUUUAUACGUCGUAAGUAUACAGUUCAGUGGCAUUAAUUAUUACGUUCACAGUGUUGUAAAGCAUUUACCACAGUCGAGCUCCAAAGUUUUUCAUCACUCCAAACAGAAACUUUGUACCCAUUAAGAUUUAACCCCCACCCUCCCACGUUUUCCCCUUUCCCCAGCUCUUGGGUAACCUCUCAUAUAUCGUGGAUUGGCCAAAAAGUUCGGUUGGGUUUUUCUGUAAGAUGUUAUACAGAAAAACCUGAACGAAGUUUUUGGCCAAUCCAAUACUUUUUGUCUUUGUGAAUUUGCUUAUUCUAGAUAUUUCAUGUAAGUGGAAUCAUAGCACACUUGUUUUUUUGUGUCUGGCUUAUUUCACCUGCAUGAUGUUUUCAAGGUUCAUCCAUGUUGUAGCAUGUGUCAGAACUUCAUUUGUUUUCAUGCCUGAAUAACGUUGUACGACUAUACAACAUUUGCUUAUCCACUCAUCUGUUGAUAGACACUGUUUUUUUCCAUUUUUGGCUGUUGUAAAUAAUGUCACUAUGAACACUGGUAUACAAGCAUCUGUUUGAACCCUUGUUUUCAAUUCUUUGGGUUUUAUAUACCUAGGAGUGGAAUUGUUGGGUUAGUUAGUAAUAUUAUGUUUAACUUUUUGAGGAACCGCCAAACUGUUUUCUACAGUGACCGUACCAUUUUACAUUCUCAGUAGUAAUAUAUGAGGUCCAGUUUCUCCUCGUCCUUGCUUUUUAAAUUUUCUCCCAUUAUAUUCAUUCUAAUAGCUGUGAAGUGGUGUCUCAUUGUGGUUUUGAUUUGCAUUUUCCUAAUGACUGGGUGUUAAGCAGCUUUUCAUGUGUUUACUGGCCAUUUGUGUAUCUGCUUUAGAGAAAUGUCUAUUCAAGUCCUUUGCCCUUUUUAAAAUUUGGUUGGAUGUCUUUUUGUUGUUGAGUUGUAGGAGUUCUUUAUAUAUUCUGGAUUAGACCCUUAUGAGGUAUAUGAGUUGUAAUUAUUUUCUCCUGUGGGUUGUGUUCACUUUCUUGAUGAUGUCCUAUUGAUAUAUACAGAAGUUUUUAAUUUUAAUGAAGUCCAGUUUAUUUUUUCUUUUGUUGCCUCUGGUGUUGGAGGCAUAUUUAAGUUGGUAUUGCCAAAUCCAAGAACAUGAAUAUUUUCCCCCAUUUUAAGAGUUUUAUAGUUUUAGCGCUUACAUUUAGGGCCUUGAUCCAUUUUGAAUUAAUUUUUGUCUGUGGUGUAAAGUGAAUGUCCAACCUUAUUCUUUUGCAUAUGAGUAUGUAGUUUUCCUAGCCCUACUUGUUGAAAGAACUGUCUUUUUCCCACUGGAUGGUCUUGGCAUCCAUGUUGAAAAUUAGUUGACCAUAGGUAUGAGGGUUUAUUUCAGGGCUCUCAAUUCUGUUCUCUCAGUCUACAUCUCUGUCCUUCUGCCAGUACCGCAAUGUUUUAAUUAAUUGUAGCUUUAUAAGUUUUGAAAUCAAGAAGUGUAAGUCCUCCACCUUUGUUUUCCUUUUUCAAGAUUGUUUUGUAUAUUCAAGGUUCCUUGAAAUUCCAUGUAAAUUUUAGGAUGGGAUUUUCUAUUUCUGGGGAAAAUAAGUUUCUUUGGGAUUGUGAUAGGAAUUGCAUUGAAUUGGUAGAUCACUCUCGGUAGUAUUGUGAUCUUAACAAUAUUAAGUGCUCUAAUCCAUGAAUGUGGGAUGGCUUUAAUUUCCUGAUAUUAUUUGUAGCUAAAAGAAUAAAUGGUAAUUUCGUUUUUCCCAUUCUCCUUACCUCCCUAUCUCAGUACAGAA